AUGAUAAGUAUAAUUUCAAUUAUUGAAGGGUUAUUAUUAAUAGUACCUGCUUUACUUUCAGUUGCAUUUGUAACUAUAGCCGAACGUAAAACUAUGGCUUCUAUGCAAAGAAGAUUAGGUCCUAAUGCAGUAGGUUAUUAUGGUUUACUACAAGCAUUUGCUGAUGCUUUAAAACUAUUAUUAAAAGAGUAUGUAGCUCCUACACAAGCUAAUAUUAUAUUAUUUUUCUUAGGACCUAUGAUAACUUUAAUAUUUUCUUUAUUAGGUUAUUUAGUUGUACCAUUUGAUAGUGGUAUUUUUGUAUCUGAUUAUAGUUUAGGUAUGCUUUAUAUGUUAGCUGUGUCAUCUUUAGCUACAUAUGGUAUAUUAUUAGCAGGUUGAUCUGCUAAUUCAAAAUAUGCUUUUUUAGGUUCAUUAAGAAGUACAGCUCAGUUAAUUAGUUAUGAGUUAAUAUUAAGUUCUGUAAUUAUAUUAAUUAUCUUAUUAACAGGUAAUUUAAAUAUUAUUACUAUUGUAGAAUCACAAAGAAUAGUUGAUUUCAUAUUACCAUUAUUUCCUUUAUUUAUUAUAUUCUUUAUAGGUUCUAUAGCAGAAACUAAUAGAGCUCCUUUUGAUUUAGCUGAAGCUGAAUCAGAACUUGUUAGUGGUUUUAUGACAGAACAUUCAGCUAGUGUAUUUGUAUUUUUUUUCUUAGCUGAAUAUGCUAGUAUUAUAUUAAUUUGUGUUUUAAAUAGUAUUUUAUUUUUUGGUGGUUAUUUAUGUAUUAUACCUGUUGAAUUUAUAAUAGAUAUAUUAUAUAAUAUAUUUGGUAUUAAUAGUUCUAUAUUACAAGAUAUAUUUGUUAAUAUUUCUUCAUCUCCUUUAAAUUUAGCUUUUAAAACUGCUUUAUUAAUAUUUGUGUUUAUUUGAGUUAGAGCAUCUUUCCCUAGAAUUCGUUUUGAUCAAUUAAUGUCAGUUUGUUGAACUGUACUAUUACCUUUAAUUAUAGCAUAUGUUGUUUUAAUACCUUGUGUUGUAUUUGGUUUAGAUGCUUUACCUACAAGUUUAAUACUUUAA